AUGAUAGAAUACCGACCCGGCGUUGGAAUAAAUACUUGGACUCCUUGGAGACCAAUUGAAUUAGUGGUGAUGGUUAUUAUUGCUGCGUCUGUGGCUGUCAUUGGUUUAGCGUUGGGUUUAGGUUUGGGUAUUGGACUAAAUAAUGAUAGUAAAAAUUUGACUUCCAUCACACUUGCAACGAACCAAACAACAACAACAUUACCAUCGAAUACAACAACAACGAUAAGAGCUACUAAUACAACAACUACAAACACAACUACAACAACGACAAUAACAACAAAUAUUACUACUACUACUGCCACUACUAACAAUACUAUAACAUCGACAACAAUGACUGCAACAAAUAAUACUGCUACUGCUACUGCUACUGCUACUAUUACUCCUACUACUGCUACUAUUACUACUACUGAUACUGCUACUAUUACUACUACUGAUACUGCUAUUAUUACUACUACUGAUACUGCUACUAUUACUACUACUGAUACUACUAUUACUAUUACUCCUACUAGCAAUACUGUAACAUCGACAACAGCGACUGCAACAACUACUACCGGGAUAGCUACGGUAACAGCAGCUGCCAGGAAAUAA